UUGGUUCUUUAGAGUUAUAAUUGCUGCUUGCCCAUAAAAAUGGGAGUUUGUGUGCAGACUUCCUAUAUCAAGCCAUUGGUUUGAGAGAGGGAAAGAAAUGUGUUGGCAGCCGAUAGCAACUCUCUUAGUUGUUGCUUUGGCAAUUCACUUUGCUAAAGCUUUAAAUGUCAGAUAAAGUUGCACUGCUUAUCACUCAAAGUUUUUAUCUGUGAAGGCUCCAGCCUUGAACUGAAGAUUAUUACCCUGUCUACAAUUUAUAGACUGGGCUGGAUAUAGAAGGUCAUAUCCAGUGCACUUGGAAAGGGAUAGUCUUUGAUCACAAGACGUUGAGUUGUCCUGUCUAUCUGGGCUUGUUGGAUUAUAAUAUAUUGUACCCCUUUUAGUUUUUCCCUUUUAAUUUUAUAUUUCUUGUAUUUUUUGUACUUUUAUCAUGGUUUUUAUGACCUUUUGUUUGUAAGCUGCCCAGAGUCACUUCCAUAGUGAGAUGGGCAGUCUAUAUAUUUAAUAAAAACAAACAAACAUAGCAUAACAUUUGGGGAAAGGUGGUUUGAACUGUUGGGCUGCCCAUUCCAGUCAUAGUAAACACAAGCACAACACAGUAAGUGCCACUGUGAUGCAAAUUUUCACCAGUUAUUGGAAAGGGAAGGCAGGAAAGGAAAUAUGUACUCCCAUCACAGUGAUCAUAAUCACUAGCACCACUAUGCAAGGAGAAGGUCAAAAGAAAGACUGCAGUGAUGAAUCAAGUUAAAGAGCUCAUCCUAAAAGCCUUGGCUGAAUUUCCAAAAACUCUAUAACCCUUGGAUUAAUGGGAUAUCUUCCCUUGGGUUUACCAUCUGUUCUUCGUCAUAAAUAUGUAUAAUUUGUGGGUGCUCUUAAAUCGUAGGCUCUCUGCAAUGGGUGGCCCCUUCCUUUUGAGCAUUGUCUUGACCAAGCAACCUAGGCUGUGAGCAGGGAAGCCAAUGUCCAACAUGGCCACCACCUCCUCGUACAUGACAUACCUUACUACAUUUUCCAGAUGAAUUAAGCAAUAGUCAAUAGUCAAUAGCCAACAACACCAACUGCAAACUCUUAAGGCUGGGAGAAAGCACAGCUGAGUAUCUUCACUUGCUGCCCUAAGCCAGGCUCUAUCUGGAAUUCAGCCUGAUAGGGACAGGGAAUAUUUGGGGCUAAUGCACUGGACAGUUGAUGAGUUCUGGGAUGUGGCUGCAGGCUCAGACCCAUAGUACACCUCCCACAUUGGCCUUUGCAGGCCAAAGCAUUUCUUCAUGUUUGAUGCAUCAAAGCAUUCAGGAAAUAGCACUGCAAAGGCACGUAAAGCCAAGGUGGCUACUGUAACAUAUAAUAAGGCUAUCAAAGUCUCUGCCAAGGAGAAGAGAGGGGCAUGCAGCUGAAUAGGACAAUCUCAUUUGGAGACCAGUGAGAAGUUGGCCGAUGAAAGGUUGUACAGAGUAGGUUUAGAAAUUGUAAAAAUUUCCACAACUGAUCUGCUGGGAAGGUCAGCCCACUCAUAGAUUGUAUCACACCCAUUACCACUCUCAGGAACAGCAUGACAAAGUCUGUGAUGCAGCAAACAAUCAUUUUCUUGUCCCAGUUGCUUCAGUUCCUAGAGGAACAAACAUGUCUCCAUGCCAAUUAUACAUGAAAGAGAAAUAACAUGAAUCACUUGCACUCUCCCCCACCCCCCGAGUUUUAUAUCCCACUAUGUGCAUUUGUCUGGCUGCAUGCAAAAACAACCCCCUCAGAUUGGGUCCUAUGAAGAACAGCUGCAAAGCUGUCAACUAACCUUUCCCUUCAGAAGACUUUAGGGUGUCUGAAGCCCUUAAGUCAAGAGGAAAGGUAAGGCUGCUGAAUCAGAAUGCUGCUGAAUCAGAACACUGCUGAAUCAGAAAUAAAUCCAGUCAGCUCUCAAACAUAGCCACAUUCACAGGAUCACUGAUCUCUGGAGCUAAUUUUGAGCUGGCCCGAUGUAGGAAAAUGUCCCCUUAAUUCCAGUUUCAGGCAGUUAAAAUCAAACAGCUGAAGAUUGCAUUGAAUCUAUGAUCCUGAAUCUGUGAUCCCAAGGUGCCACAAAAAUUUAGAAUCAAGCAAGCAACUUCCCAUGUUGGUUUACACACCUUAGGUCACUUUUUCCUGCAUACCUUAUUAGGAACCAAAAAUGGUUCACUGAGGAAAGAACAGCUUUGUCUUUGACCACACGUAGCUAGUUUUAAUUUGCUUCUUUCUCUAAUAAUUUGUACAAGCAGCCGUUUGGACAAAGAAAACUUGUUUCUAAGUCUAAUUCUCGUAUUGCCUGUACUUCUUAUUGUUUAUUCCCUUCUCAAUCAAUACUUUUAUUUUAUGCAACUUACCUGCUAUUGUCAUGGCUUCUGGCUUGUUUUAUUGUUUGUCCAAAUAUGGCUUUGAUUAUAGCUGCACAUGUAUACUGAUUUCAUAGUCCAGCACCAGAGCCACCACAGGACUCUCCUUAGGUUAAACAGUCCAUUUGUCUUCAGCUAUCUAACUGCAAAUGGCUGUUCAAGACUUUGGGCAGAUAUUCGUUUUCUUGGCUUAGAGAUUCCAAAUAAUUAAAUUUCAAGUACCAAAGGUUGAAUUUUAAUCAUGCAAAGUUUGUGUGUAGAUCAUCUCACCUUCUACACAGAACGUCAUCCCUCUGAAUAGAACAUCCAUUCAGUUCCUCUUACAGAAAUAGUUAACCAAGUUUCCCCAGAUACAGUACAUCUCAAGUGUCAGCACCGCAGGCAAGUGAGAAGGAAUCAAAGGUGAGCACACCCCUUUUCUGAGCCUCACAGCCUCUAUUUAAACAAUCGCUGUACAAAGUCCAGGGAGUACAAGGCAGCAAACUAUGGCUUCGCUGGCUUUUAGUGUUUUGGUGACAGGCUCCAACCGAGGUAUUGGGUUAGAACUGGUGCAACAGCUUGUAGAGAUGCCUGAGCCUCCAAAACACAUCUUUGCCACCUGUCGGAAACCUGAUGGACCCAGAGGGAAGGCUCUGGAAGAAUUGGCCAACAAGCACACCAACAUUCAUGUGAUUCAGCUAGAUGUGGAGGACCAUUCCAGUGUGAAAGCUGCUGUGUUAGCAGUGGAAUCCUGUCUUGGUGGUAAGGGUCUGAACCUGCUCAUCAACAAUGCCGCCAAAAAUUCCAAGCGGUUUCUGCUGGAAGCUGUAGAGCAGCAAGAUAUGCUUUCAGUGUACAAUACUAAUGUUGUAGGACCCACUCUUGUGGUCAAGGAAUUCCUGCCUCUCCUGAAGAAGGCUGCCAAGGAGACUGCAACAGAAGAAUUGGCUUGCAAGAGAGCAGCUGUCAUCAACAUAUCUUCCUUAAUUGGCUCCAUUGGGCAGAUAUUUGAUGUUUUAGUUCCCCCAGUAUAUGCAUACUCUGCAAGCAAGGCUGCUUUAAAUAUGGUCACUGCCUGCCUCACUCUGGAACUGAAAAAAGAUGGAAUUUUAUGCACUUCGAUUCAUCCAGGCUGGGUGAAAACAGACAUGGGAACAGAGGAGGCACCCUUGACAGUUCAGAACAGUGUGCAGGGUAUUCUUAAAGUGUUGGCUAGUUUAUCAUCCUCGUCUGCAGGAACUUUUCUGGACUGGGAAGGGAACAGUGUCUCCUGGUGAGCGUUCCAUGGACCAUGAUCUACAGGAGGCCCUCAGACCCCGGAACUGCAAUCGGUAGAGCCAGAAUUUUGAAUUUUAACACACUGAGAAUAUAUUGUUUCAGUUUUGUGUACUUUUUUUUUCAUAUCAACCUAUCUAUGGAUGGAAGGAGCAGGAGAUAUAUUGAACUACAUCAUAAAAUCUGCCAUGUUAGACCAAUGGCCCUAUGAAAGAGAUCCCAAAAAGGGAGUGAAUGCAUCUUUUUAU